CAACACUCAACUAUCAUGGGAGAGCUCGUGCACCCCGAGGAACAGCAACUUCUGUCCAUUCUGCUUGCCCCACUAGACUCUCAGGCCGCCACGAUGUCAGAGCACGUGGAGCGGCACAAUGACUCAGGGCGUGUACCUUCAAAGAUUGAUCCACCAGUCGGAGUGCUGGAUGAACACGAAGAUCAUUGUCAGGGAUCUGGUCCCAAGCUCUGUGUGGCGUUCGUCGGAAUGGGAUCGCAACAUCCAACCAUGGGUCGUCAGCUCGCGGAAAGAUACCCCUCAUUCCUCGCUUCCAUCAAGGAAAAUGACAGGAUCUUGACGGAGGUAUAUGGCCAACCUUCGUUAUUGGACCGCACGGGCCUCUUCGUUCCGGGCGGUGAAUGCUCCCUGAACCCCAGUGGUACCUGGCCGUUAAAUGAUGUCAUUUUAUCUUUUGCAUACGUACAAAUCUCCCUGUGGGAUCUCAUUCGGAGUUUGGGAUUUAGCGCAGAUUUCGCUAUUGGCACAAGCAUAGGGGAAAUAGCGAUGGGCUACGCGGCAGGCCAUUAUGAUAGAACAACCACAAUCGGGAUUGCUGCCGCCUUCGCUACUGCUAUGUCUGAAGUCGAGGGAAACGGUGCCACCAUCUUUGUCGCGGUCAGUCCACGACAAGCACGGCUCAUCAUUGAUGACGUGCUCCUUCAAGCGGGAGUAACAUCUGGCCUCUGGAUUUCAUCCUUUCAUUCUCCACACGCCGUUGCCAUCGCCGGUACUCAUCCCCUCAUAAACGCAUUAUUUGCAUUCCUGAGCAACUCUAAGGCAUUCUCUAAUACAUUUGCAGUGCGGCUCCCUCAGCUCGGGUGUGCAUUCCACACGCCAUUGAUGGAACCAAUCGAAGCGCCGCUCAGGGCAGCACUGGGGAAUCUAGACCUAGGCCAGAUAUCGAAUACGGGGACACCUGAUGUGCGAGUAAUGUCAACCAUUGACGGUACUUGGCUCAAUAGGCCACUUGAUUGCGACUACUUCUGGGACAAUGUUCUCCGCCCGACGAAAUUCGGUAACAUCGUGCAGAAGCUCGUUCAUGACGAGGGUGAAAAUAUUGUUAUCCUGGAGAUUGCUGCUCAUCCAGCGAUGAAAACCUGCGUAGAACAAUGUGGAGCUCGUUAUGUCGGGUUGAUCCGACGCCCUGCCCCAGACACAUUGGUCGAUGACUCCAAUGAAUGUGUCCAGCUUCUUGAAGCGGUCCAGCAUCUUUAUGAAGCUGGGUUCAGGAGCGAACUUCCGCUAGGGGUGUUUGAACAAGCCCUUCGACUCCUUCGUGCCGGUAAAUAGGCUACAUUUGUUGUGGACAUGGUGACUUGACCUACCAUACUUUGGUAAUCGACACUAAUAUAGACGCCUCCUAGAUGAAAGAGCUUCAAGAGACGUCGUCCAAGUGCCGUCUACAUUAUAAUGCAAUUCCGCUAAUACUGGAUAUAUUCACGAUUGGAUCCAGCCAUUUAAUGUACAUCCAGGGUUGGAAAUAGGAACAUGGUUUUUGAUUUAGCUCCGUGUGGAAGGAUUCAAGCGCACUUCCAGCAACAGACAGAGUUAAUGCCUAAAUUCGCGAGUAUAAUUUUCAAAGCACUGCUCUGUCUUACUAGUUGCC